AUGUUACUUUAUAACGAUAUACAGUUUGAAAGUAUAUAUAUUACGUCAUAUUAACGUGAAUAGAAAGAUUUACAUCUUUAUCAACAAAUAAUCUUACCGAUAAGUUCGGGGAAGCCACAUUUGGAGAAACCGGGAAAAAAAAACCGCCGACUAUAAAUAAUAGAAAUUUCGCAUCUAUACGAAGAUUUUUUGAAAGCCUUACGAUAUUGCAGAUAA